UUCCUGCGUCUCUUCCGGCGGCGGCUGCGCGAGAGCGGGGCUAUGGACAUCCUGCGGGCAGAGAUCCUCCGCAAGCGGCGGCUGCUGGAGGAGAAGGAGCUGGUUGGGGAAAACAAAAAGCACUUCAAGCGCAGUGAGCUAGUUAAGAAGGAGGAAGAGGCGUACUUGCAGAGAUGUGGCUACAAGGUACAGCAGACAGAAGAGGAAGAGAAACCACUGACUUCAUCCAACCCAGUAUUGGAGCUAGAGCUGGCAGAAGAAAAGUUACCCAUGACUCUUUCCAGACAAGAGGUGAUUAGAAGAUUGAGAGAGAGAGGUGAACCUAUCAGAUUGUUUGGAGAAACAGAUUAUGAUGCGUUCCAGCGUUUGAGGAAGAUAGAAAUUCUUGCGCCUGAAGUUAACAAGGGAUUGAGAAAUGACCUGAAGGCGGCUUUGGAUAAGAUUGAUCAACAGUACCUGAAUGAAAUUGUAGGUGGUCAAGAAGCAGGAGAAGAUGACUCGCAGAAUGAUCUGAAAGUCCAUGAAGAAAACACUACUAUUGAAGAAUUGGAGGCUUUGGGAGAGUCCUUAGGAAAAGGGGAUGACCAUAAAGACAUGGACAUCAUAACCAAAUUCUUAAAGUUUCUUCUUGGAGUUUGGGCCAAGGAGCUGAAUGCCAGGGAGGAUUAUGUCAAACGUGGUGUGCAGGGGAAGCUGAGCAGUGCCACUCAAAAGCAGACAGAAUCCUACCUCCGACCCCUCUUCAGAAAACUACGGAAAAGGACUCUUCCUGCAGACAUCAAAGAAUCAAUAACAGAUAUUAUUAAAUUCAUGUUGCAACGGGAGUAUGUGAAGGCGAAUGACGCUUACCUUCAGAUGGCCAUUGGGAAUGCACCUUGGCCCAUUGGAGUCACCAUGGUUGGCAUCCAUGCCCGAACUGGCCGUGAAAAGAUUUUCUCUAAACAUGUGGCCCAUGUCCUGAAUGAUGAGACUCAGAGAAAAUACAUUCAGGGGUUGAAGAGGCUCAUGACCAUUUGCCAGAAACACUUCCCAACAGACCCAUCGAAAUGCGUGGAGUACAACGCGUUGUGAGGCCCUUUUACAUCCAAGGUGUAAAUCAGUUUCUGCUCCUCAAGUUCCAGAGAGUGAUGAAGAGAACAACACAUUUUUGCUUGAAUACCAACCAGAAACUCUGGGUGGGCCUUGGGCAAAAGCAUAAAGUAGGGCUUUGUCUUCUCUCUGAUUUUCUUUUUUCACCAGCCACAUCUACUUACAUUUCUUAAGGACUGUGUAUUUUACACUUGGCGGAUCCAGGACGCACAGGGCUCUUUUGGGUGGUUGUGUGGGGAGGGGGGAGCACGAGAUGGUUUUCAUCGUUUUUAUUUUAACCAGUUAUUCAGGAAAGCAUACCAGGCUGAACUUAAUUUCUCUUUUCCCAUAAUUCAGAUGCUUAGAUGACUGACAGCAAUGGGGUGGGUUUUUUUGGACUCUUUCGCAUUGGAGACUGGUGUGGGCAGAUGAUUAGAAGGAAACAGUUGAAGCUGAAUCCUAGUUAUUUCUGUAAAUACGAAUAUUUUAAUGUUUAAUCUUCAUGUGGUAUUUAUCAGUAAAAGUUUAUUUUUCUCAGCAGAAAAAUGCAUCCAAGCUGGGUGAAAAGAG